CUCCAUCAAAAAAAUCUAAGGCAUCCAAGUCCACCGAGUCCAUUGCUGCCAGGCUUGCCCUCGUCGUCAAGUCGGGCAAGUACACUCUUGGAUACAAAUCCGCCCUCAAGCAGAUGCGAAGCGGUAAAGGUACGUUGGCUGUCCAAUGUCUCUCGGGGACUGGAGCGUGAGGCUGAGAAGGUCCCUUGAGCUGACGCUUUGUUCUGUAGCCAAGCUCGUCUUGAUCGCUGGCAACUGCCCACCCCUUCGCAAGUCCGAGAUUGAGUACUAUGCCAUGCUCUCAAAGACAACAGUGCACCACUUCUCUGGCACUAAUGUGGCCCUGGGGACCGCAGCUGGUAAACUUUUCCGUGUUGGUGUCAUGACCGUUUCCGACCAAGGAGAUUCGGAUCUCCUCAACUUUGCUGAGGGCAAUGCUGCAUAGGCGAGUGACGGGUGCUUAUGUCUAUCGAUAUCAUGUAUACUACAUAUACAUACAAUAUGUCAUGUACUAUGGGUCACUACGCGACGCAAUUUUUACUCAGAAUAUGAGUCUCUUGGCAGUUACAGUUACAGGAGUGUCGGC